AGAAUUGUACGAAUUCGCUGAUUCUCAUAUUAUUAGCACGACCAACUGAACGGAUCUGCUCUCUUAUCAGCUGAACUUUGCAUUUGCAUAAAAAACUGGAUUUGAAAAAUAUGGACAGAGAGAUCGAAAAUGAGCUUGGAAAUUAUCUCCAAAAUUAUCCCGACCUUGUGGAAGUUACUUUGCACCGGAUACGACGCUUCGAUACAAAUUCCUCUGCUUUCUCUCGACACAAAGAUGAAUCUCGUAUCCGGUACUACCACGCCCUUGCGCGACAACCUUUCCGCAUACAGCCAAUUGAAAAUGGCUUCGAAUUGAAAAUAUGCCGGAGAAAGUGGGUGCUCGCAUAUUUGCAAACCGAAUUACGAGACAUUACCCGUGUACUAUGGCAAGCAACGAAAAAAGGAGAUGAACAAUGGGACGAGUAUCCGAAAAAAGUGGCUAUUUCGUGUAUUGCAAGCUGGAUGAUGAACAAGGCAACAGAUCCGUGGAAUCCUGACCUGAGUCAAACCGUCCCACCAUCCGAGGAGCAGAUGCAAGUUGUAAAUCAAGUUUUUGAAGAAUUUCCCUCCACAACGGAUGACUUUGAUGCGCCUUCCUUUCCAUGCGUGUGCCCAACCUGCAGAGAUUUUAACGUUGGAGAAUUUUCAAUCCUUCAAUCCAGCAACGCUGACAUGUUACGGGAACAAAUUGGGGAGGAUAAAAUUUUCGAAUUUCUACGGAUUAUUAAACUCGAAAUAGAGAAGGUUGAAGAAUUUGAAGAAUUCUUGCGAGAUAAUCCCUCCAUUAAAUCCGUACAUGCAGUGGAGGAAUUAACGAGACAGAAAUUUCCAGAAAUUACGAAUACUUUCGUGGACGGUAUACAAUUUAGCAGAGAAAGAUUGAGUAAAUGUUACGUCGAAGGGGACAGAAAUUUGGAGCGGUCUGCCCGUGUUUUAGUUGGAAAAUGGAUCAGACUGGAUCUACCUGACCGAAAGUUUUCAACAUUCUCAAAAUUAUGUCCGAUGAAAGUGCUUGCCUUGUUUCGUACGAUUGCAAGUUUGCCAACCAUGUGGCAAAAAUUUGAAUCCCAGUCGAUACAAAAAUUUUACAUAUUUGACGCUCAGGAAAUCGAUCAUGUUAUCAUGUCCGGCCUUUUAGUUCCUGUUCAGAUAGCCCUAAUGGAACAAUUUAUACGCGAUUGUCCGUCCGGACGAAAUUCUACCAAUUCUGCGUCUCCUCCAAUGACUACAAAUGAUCACUCCCAUUUUACGAAUACUCCUCAAAUUUCCACGGACAUAAACCUUCCAGAAAAUGACACUGCACAAUCACACCAUCCUCAACCUAUUCUUCCGAUGCAGUACGAAGAGGCGAAUCUGCUUGUGACCAAUAUUUUAGGCAAUCAACUAGUCCCCAGAGGAUCUGGGGAAGGGAUCCAGAUUCAAAUAUCUGACCAAUUAAUACCGAUGGACACACAACCAAAUUACAUUUUCAUUCCUGUUGAAAGAUUAGAUGUUGCGGCAAAUAACCAAGAAAUUAGUUCAUCUGUUUCUGAUGUGGGGCAAAAUUUCCAUCCUACAAGUCCUCCAGGGCCGUCUACUUCGAGAAGGAAAAUUCAAAAAAAUUCUUCGAAAUUGGCAGAAUUCAGUACAGCGAGCAUGUUAUCCUUAACGGUUGAAAAUCAGGAAGUGAAACUUGGGAAAAUAUCUGUCCCAAUGAAGAAGUGGGAGAAAGCAGUUAAAGCAUUUGAUGUGCAGAAGUAUCAGAGUGGAAAUCAUGCCGACGCCAUGAGAGGGGCCGGGUAUGUGUUGUACGACACCAUUCUGGACGAAGAUGACAAGUUGAAUUGCACACUAACUGGGGGUGCACCUUUUAAAAAACUGGAAGAGGACAAAGCAAAUGCAAUUUUUGAUGGAAUUUCAUACAUUAGAAACAGUGUUAUAUCCGGACAACCUAUCAAGAAGUUAACGAUAUCUGAGAUGGAGAUGGUUCAAAAGAAGGUUUUUUCCGAGCAUGGCUCCCAAAUGAGACUUGUUAUUAGGGGGCAACAAUCCGACAAUCCUCAAACGUCAGUGCCUAAGAGACCCAAAAGGAAAUAAAUCGUGUCCAUAACGUUUUA